UUUUAGUUUAUAGCUGCCAGUUAGCUGUCGUUGUCUACUUCGUGUCGUUCGCUUUUCUGUUGGAUUCAAUCUACCCUCGCUACCGCAGAAAGCCGCCAAAAAUCUCAAACAAGAAGCAUUUUCACCGCUUUUGUUUUUCAUUUGAGCACCACCCUUCGAGAUGACCGAGGAACCACAGGUGAAAAAGGGACGUGGCCGUCCCAAGAAGAGCGUUGUGAACGUGGAGGAUAACGGUCAGGAGGUCAAAAAGUCUCCAGCAAAGGUGAAACCGGUGGCCGUGGUCGAAAACGGCGACUCCGACGGAACGGAGGAGGAGGUUGCUGCUCCCUCACCACCGAAAUCGGCGAGUAAAAAACGACAGGCCGCACCAGCAACGGAACCGGAUGGCAGUGACAACGAGGAAGCACCGGCACCGGCGAAGCGAGGUCGCGGUCGUCCCCGCAAAGGGACGACGAAAAAGGCCAAUACUAAAUCUGCCAGGCGAGAAAAGGCGGCAGCUUCCAAGGCUACCCAGGGCACCGGUCGAGGCCGAGGACGCCCGAAAAAGAAUCCCUAGUGCAGUACAAAAUCAUUUCACUAAACGAUAGGCAGAAGGGACGAGUGGUGCAGCUUUAUGGCUGCAUUAGAUACGGAAUAGGUGCAAAGGUUCUCUAUUCUCUGAGAGUAGCCAGUUUACUGUAAAGCCGUUUUUGCCAUCAACUAACCACUUCGACACCAGUUGCCUCAUUCGACUUUUAGGCUACUUAAAGUUUGAAAGUAGACAUAGAGUGUUUGAACAUACACAGUAUCGCAUCUGCAAUCACAUCCCUGACUAUUCCCUAAAACAAUACACACCAAAAAUUGACCUUUCCUGAAGGGUACCAUUCUAGCAACAAUCAUCUGUAUCCCCUACCCCUAAAGACAACUGGUUGUUCCGGGAACGGUGGCAAAAGCGUUCAUUUAUAUUCAGAGGACAACCACCUAAAUACACAUACAUACACUUGCGACUAAAAUUUUUAAGCUAACGGUUCUAGGACAGCGUAUUUAAUUUCCAUUAGCCGAGGAUAUCAGACGAGGCAGGAGUAUUUUGUGUUUUCUUCGUUUUGGUUCGUUAGAUCCGGAUCGGUUAUACGGAUUGGAUGUGUUCAUGUCUAGCCUGUAUUUCACAGCGAUGGAUGAUGGUUCCGAGCGUCUCACUGGCAACUGCUCACCCAAACCCCCGAACAUCCGAACAGCCUUCGUGGGCAGUUGAAUGUGGUGGAAUGUACAAAACUGUAUCGGAACCGAUAGGCCAUAAAUUGUAAUAAAAAUGUAUGUACGCUGAACCAAUA